AUUUAAGGAUGGUAGCCAUGAAGCCGAAUUGGGCUCAGGUACUUCGCAUUGGUGGCUCCUUUUUCCAGCAGAAGCAUGGGGAAAACACACUUUUAUGCAUUGUGGUCUUUACAAGAAGCACCUCGUCAGUUUAUUAGUAAAAUGAACCGCACCAGCUACCAGCUCCAAAUCCCGCUGCCGUUACCCAAGCAGCUCGUCGUGUUCAGUCUGGGAGACUGGACCUCGUUUUCUUGCGAGACAACAGUAUUAAUUGAGGUGUUUGUUAGCCCGGAUGUGAAACCGCAGGAAAUUGGGAUUCUUUCACGACAUUCACGUUGUUUGGUGUGGGAAGGAGACUGGACCGUGAGCCUUUUAAAUGAAUCCACAUGGAAGAGCAGGAGAGGUGCAUAUGCCAAGGUGUUGCUCACUGUCUGUGGAAAGGUGAGAGCCAGCUUUGUUAGCAGCACACCUCUGGUGAAAAGGAGACGACCAGCCCCCAGUCAGUGUAUGAGUUUCUCCCAGACCCUUCUGAGUAAUGCUAGCAACAACAAUGUGAGGAGCUCGGAGUUAAAUAUCACAUCUCAGAGAUUAGCUGAGGACACGGUCAGUUAUACAGAUCUCAAAACAAGCAAAGAAGAGCUUCAGAGUAUCAGCCUCAGAACAUCAGGAGUUUGGGCUUUGGACAAAACUCCAAGGAAGUCUGUGGUAGGAAAGAGAAGAUAUAGUUUGAGUUCUGAGAGAUCUGAAACACAGCAGCGGUCAAGCCAAGGUUCAAGCCCCAAGAAGCGCAAACUGAGCGUAUGUACAUCGCAAAAUGAGAAGAGGGAAGUGGUUAAAAGGACGAGGGAUUGCCGGGCAGAGCAUCCAUCAAAGCGCUGGAACCAUACCAUGUGUUUAUGUGAUCCUGACACAGCUGUCCUGAUUGGUGGGGAGGCUGCAGACCAAAACAACUGUACAGACACCAUAUGGAAGCUGGAGAUUGAUGGUGAUUUUUGGUUCCCCAUGACGACUUCUACAGUCGGGCCACUCCCUCCCAGCUCUCGAGGUCACUCGGCGGCCUUUGACCCUGAGAAUAAGGUCGUCUAUGUUUAUGGUGGCCUUAGAGAAGGUCAACGCUAUAGUGAUAUUUAUAUGCUGGAUACACUGACCUGGAAGUGGAAACUUAUUAAAGCCAAAGGAAAUGUCCCAUCGUUGGCAUACCACAGCUGCAGUAUUUAUAAGAGUGAGCUGUAUGUAUUUGGAGGGUUGCAGCCUAGUCGAGGUCCUGGAGGCAAAGCUUGCAGUAAUGCUCUUUACAUCUUCAACCCUGAACAUGAGCUGUGGUACCAACCAAUUGUGGAAGGGGACCGUCCUCUUCCCAGGUUUGGGCACUCCAGCACCCUACUGCCUGACAAAUUGGUGAUCUUCGGAGGCAGAAAAACCGCUGCCUACCUCAAUGACCUCUACAUUUUAGAUCUUGGUUUUAUGGAGUACAUUGCAGUGAAAUAUGAAAACAUGCCACCCCUUGCCCGUGGGUUUCAUGCUGCUCUGCCCAUGUCUGACAACAGGGUGCUGAUCAGCGGAGGCUGCAGUGCUUUAGGAGCACUACAAGAUCUCCAUCUCUUCAAUAUAGAGACCAACUGCUGGACAUCAGUGGUGUGUCCAUUGCUUUCCUCAAAGCCUCGUGCUGGACACAGUCUAAUCAGUCUGACCGGCACUGCGCCUUUACACACUGAUAAAAGGGACCCAGGAGAUGGCCAUCACACCUGCCCCUCCACCCAGCACACCAUCUUAGUCUUUGGGGGUUCAGAUUGCACUGGCACAUUUUAUGAUGAUGCAGUCAAAUGCAUCAUGCAAAUCCCUGCUGCAGGACAGGGACUAGAUAUAAAACCAUCUCACAAGAUCGUAGUGCAUGGCUGAGGAACUUAACUGUUAAGUGGUGCAGACUUUUUAUUUGAAAAUUAUAAGAGAAAAUGGAACUUCUUGUCAUGAAGGCACUUUUCUUUUUUUUUUUUUUUAAAGUUAUUUAUAUAUUUAUUUUUUACAUUUUAUUUUAAAGCCAAUCUUACAGAUUUAAACAGCUGCUUGGCAGCUACUGUUUAUCUAAUACAAAUUUCAGUUUCAGUAGUAAUGUCAGAGAUUAGCACAACAAUUGUCAUUUUUGUCCAAUAAAUAUUUUUCCCCUA